AUGAAUAAUCGUAUACGAGAAUUACAACAAAAUCUUAUUGAAAUUGAACAACAUAUUGAUAAAAUUCAAACUAAAAUUAAUAAUUAUCAACAAAUAUCAAUAGAACAUUUAACAGAAAUCGGUACAAUUAAAAUUGCUAUUGAAUCAAUGUUUGAUUUAGUUCCAGGUGAAGAUGAUAUAUCAUAUACAAUUCAAAUGAUAAGCAUUAAUGAAUCAAAUACUUCUCAACCACGUAAUAGUAUAUCACCAAACAGAUCAUCAAUAUCAAUGAUAUCAAAUAAUAAAGGAAGAAAAAGUAGUACAUUCCGAACAUCUAUAUCAAAAUUACGAAAAAGUAUUGAUAUACAAUUACGAUCAUUAACAACUCAAAGUACACGUACUAAUUUCAAAUUAACUAAUGAACAGUAUAAUAAUGAUAAAAUACUUUUUUUCUGA